AUGGGUCAGGGCAUGUCAUGGCUGUCGGGCCUCUUGUGGGCAAAGAAGGAGAUCAGGAUUCUGAUUCUCGGACUGGACAACGCAGGAAAGACGACGCUGCUGUACAGACUCAAGAUAGGAGAGGUUGUCACGACGAUCCCGACGAUUGGCUUCAACGUAGAGUCAGUGACCUACAAAAACCUCAACUUCAACGUGUGGGAUCUUGGCGGGCAGACAUCGAUUCGGCCAUACUGGCGGUGCUACUAUGCGAACACGGCAGCGGUCAUCUUUGUGGUAGACUCGACAGAUAUUGAGCGGUUACAAACAGCGGCAGAGGAGUUGGCGUCUAUGUUGAAUGAAGAGGAGCUCAAAGAUGCGGCACUGCUGGUGUUCGCCAAUAAGCAGGAUCAGCCGGGGGCAAAAGGGGCGGCAGACAUCUCGCAAGCGUUGCGGUUGGGCGAGUUGCGAGACCGCAACUGGAGCAUCGUGGCAUGUUCGGCAGUAGAUGGCAGCGGCGUGAGCGAAGGCAUGGACUGGCUUGUGCAAACGGUAUCUCAGGAGUAA